AAGUACCGUACACAGGUAAAAACGAAAGAGGAAGCUGUUAAGAGAGAAUAGCUGUUUACGGAAAAUCAGUUUGAUUUUGUAUUGCAAAGAAAUCCAUGGCACCACUUCUUUUCGCUGGAAUCGAUUUUGGAACAACGUACUCAGGAUGGGCCUACUCGUUUAAACACGAGUUUGACAUUGACCCCACGAAAGUCGCAACGAAGAGUUGGUAUGGUGACCAGCUGGUGUCAUUGAAAGCACCGACAUGUGUCCUGAUCGAACCAGAUGGGGAUACUUUUUCGGCCUUUGGAUACGACGCUGAAUCCAAAUACAACAGUUUAGUUGAAGCAGGGGAACAUGACAAAUGGUUCUUCUUCAGAAGAUUCAAGAUGAAGCUGUACAAUACGGACAUUAAAAGAGAUAUGGACAUUGAAGAUGAAACUGGAAAGACAUUAAAUGCAAAGCUUGUAUUUACGGCUGCAAUAAGAUUUCUAAAAGAUGACAUUUUAAAGGUCAUUGAAGACCGUAUUAAGGGAAACAUGACACCCGAUGAGGUGAGUUGGGUUUUGACAGUCCCCGCGAUCUGGGAUGAUAAAGCAAAACAGUUCAUGAGGGAAGCGGCCGAAAGUGCUGGUAUUUCUUCUGUCAAACUUACCAUAGCCUUGGAACCUGAAGCCGCGGCCAUAUACUGUCGAUUUCUAGCUGCAGAAAGGAGUGAUAAUGAGGAUUCACUUUCAACCUUCAAACCUGGAAGCAAAGUCGUAGUUGUUGAUGCAGGGGGCGGAACAGUUGACAUAGCUGUACAAGAGGUUGCAGAGAACGGUUCGAUGAAGAAUAUCUACAAAGCCAGUGGGGGAGAUUGGGGUGGGGCAAAGGUGGACGAGGCGUUUGUGAAGUUUUUAGAAUACAUACUAGGGAAAGAGUCCAUAGACGAGUUUAAGCGGUCAAACAUGGAAGAUUACCUAUACAUGAUUCGCGACUUUGAAGUGAAAAAGCGAAAUGUCGACCCAUUGAAAGGUGAUAAGCCAGUCGUUUUCAGAAUAUCAGCAACUUUACCAAAACUGGUGAAGAAAAUCAAGGGCAAGAAGAUUCCUGAAGUCAUAAUUGACUCUUUAUUUGGUAGUACGGUCUCCGUCCAAGGCGACAAAUUGAAAGUCGACAUGAGUGUAGUUACGUUCUUAUUCAAGACACAAGUUGACGGAAUAGUUCAACACGUCUCCAGCCUUAUUGAGCAGUCGAUGAUAGGGGACAUAGAAGCAAUUGUCUUGGUUGGAGGAUUUUCGAAGUGUCCUCUUCUCCAGCAAGCUAUCAAGUUAAAGUUUGUUUGCCACAAAGUCAUCGUUCCAAACGAUCCAGACCUUGCAGUUUUGAAAGGAGCAGUGAUAUUUGGACAUAAACCAGAACUGAUUAACCAGCGAGUCAGCAAAUACACAUAUGGAAUAGAAGCGAGUACGCCUUUCAUUGACAAUGUUCACAGAGAAGCUUACAAAGUGAUAGACGAAGGUGGGGCUGUUCGUUGCAUCAAUUGUUUUGAUAAACAUAUAACAGCUGGGCAGAGUCUUAUUUUUGGAGAAGCGCAAGUUGAACAAUACUACCUUACAACAGCAUCAAGUCAAACCAUUUUGCCAUUUCCCAUUUUUUACACACUUGAUCCAAACCCAACGUACACAACCGCCGAAGGCUGUCACCUUGCAGGCACUCUUAAUGUUGCCAUUGGAGGAAGUGGUUUAGGCCGAGAGGUCGAGGUUAGGAUGAUUUACGGAGGUACUGAAAUAGAAGUCGAGGCUACUGAGGUCGCUACCGGCAACGUGAAGCGCAUGAAAAUUGACUUCUUGAGCUAAACUUUUGAAAUAGUGAAGACGGAAUAUUGAAAUAUCUUACAAACCUAAGCACACAUUUGCUAAAUGAGUUUUUUUUUCCUUUUAUUUCAAGCAAUUAAGAACGUUUGUUUAGCCUUGUGACCAGUUUUUAUAAAGGCUGUACAGAACUAGAUCACCGGAUCUAUUUGAUAAUCAUUAUAGAAGAAACUGUGUGUGGUCGACCGAGAGUUUAAAGUUAUUAAUGACAGUCGAUAUUCAAAAUUAGUGUAGAUAAGUUUGUAUUAAAUACGAGAGCUGUAAAUAGUGCUAAGUACAUGUAUUAACUGGAUUAAUAAAACAUUUUGCCUGGACGUAAAAUUGAAUGCAGAUUGAUUUAAAUAUCAUUUUUGAAUAGAAAUAUAUUAAUGUUUUAUUUGGUGUAACCACCUUUGCAUAUUAACUUUGAUUUUACACGGAAAACGUUUCGG